AUGGGGCAGCAGCCUGGAAAAGUUCUUGGGGACCAAAGGAGGCCAAGUCUGCCUGCCCUGCACUUUAUCAAAGGAGCAGGCAAGAAGGAAUCAUCGAGGCACGGCGGUCCACACUGCAAUGUUUUUGUGGAACAUGAAGCCCUUCAGAGGCCAGUAGCAUCUGACUUCGAGCCCCAGGGUCUGAGCGAAGCAGCUCGUUGGAACUCUAAGGAAAACCUUCUCGCCGGUCCUAGUGAAAAUGACCCCAACCUUUUUGUUGCACUGUAUGACUUUGUGGCCAGUGGGGAUAACACUUUAAGCAUAACUAAAGGUGAAAAACUCCGGGUCUUAGGCUACAAUCACAAUGGGGAGUGGUGUGAAGCCCAAACCAAAAAUGGCCAAGGCUGGGUCCCAAGCAACUACAUCACGCCAGUCAACAGCCUGGAGAAGCACUCCUGGUACCACGGGCCUGUGUCCCGCAACGCCGCCGAGUACCUUCUGAGCAGCGGGAUCAACGGCAGCUUCUUGGUUCGGGAGAGCGAGAGUAGUCCUGGGCAGAGGUCCAUCUCGCUGAGAUACGAAGGGAGGGUGUACCACUACCGCAUCAACACUGCUUCUGAUGGCAAGCUCUACGUCUCCUCAGAGAGCCGCUUCAACACGCUGGCCGAGCUGGUCCAUCACCACUCCACUGUGGCCGACGGGCUCAUCACCACUCUCCACUACCCGGCCCCUAAGCGCAACAAGCCCACCGUCUAUGGCGUGUCCCCCAACUACGACAAGUGGGAGAUGGAGCGCACGGACAUCACCAUGAAGCACAAGCUGGGCGGCGGCCAGUACGGGGAGGUGUACGAAGGAGUGUGGAAGAAAUACAGCCUGACGGUGGCCGUGAAGACCCUGAAGGAGGAUACCAUGGAGGUGGAGGAGUUCUUGAAAGAGGCUGCAGUAAUGAAAGAGAUCAAGCACCCCAAUUUAGUACAGUUGCUCGGGGUCUGCACCCGGGAGCCCCCGUUCUACAUAAUCACUGAGUUCAUGACCUACGGGAACCUGCUGGACUACCUGAGGGACUGUAACCGGCAGGAGGUGAAUGCCGUGGUGCUGCUCUACAUGGCCACUCAGAUCUCAUCCGCCAUGGAGUACCUGGAGAAGAAAAACUUCAUCCACAGAGAUCUUGCUGCCCGGAACUGCCUGGUCGGGGAAAACCACUUGGUGAAGGUGGCUGACUUUGGCCUGAGCAGGCUGAUGACAGGAGACACCUACACAGCCCAUGCCGGGGCCAAGUUCCCCAUCAAGUGGACGGCGCCCGAGAGCCUGGCCUAUAACAAGUUCUCCAUCAAGUCGGACAUCUGGGCAUUUGGAGUAUUGCUUUGGGAAAUUGCUACCUAUGGCAUGUCACCUUACCCAGGAAUUGACCUGUCCCAGGUGUAUGAGCUGCUGGAGAAAGACUACCGCAUGGAGCGCCCAGAAGGCUGCCCAGAGAAGGUCUACGAACUCAUGCGAGCAUGUUGGCAGUGGAAUCCCUCCGACCGGCCCUCCUUCGCUGAGAUCCACCAAGCCUUUGAAACGAUGUUCCAGGAAUCCAGCAUAUCAGACGAGGUGGAAAAGGAGUUGGGGAAGAAAGGCAUGCGAGGGGUUGCAGGUACCCUGCUGCAGGCCCCAGAACUGCCCACCAAGACGAGAACCUCCAGGAGAGCUGCUGAGCCCAAAGACAUCCCCGACAUGCCCGAGACACCCCACUCCAAGGGCCCAGGAGAGACCGAUCCUCUGGACCACGAGCCUGCUGUAUCUCCACUGCUCCCUCGAAAAGAGCGGGGUCCUCCAGAUGGAGGCCUCAAUGAGGAUGAGCGCCUGCUUCCCAAGGACAAGAAGACCAACCUGUUCAGCGCCUUGAUCAAGAAGAAGAAGAAAACCGCUCCAACCCCUCCCAAACGCAGCAGCUCCUUCCGGGAGAUGGACGGCCCGCCCGAGCGGAAAGCGGCCAGCGAGGAGGAAGGCCGGGAAAUCAGCAAUGGGGCGCUGGCGCCAGCACCCCCGGACGCAGCGGAGUCAGCCAAGUCCCCGAAGCCCAGUGGCGGGUCUGCGGUCCCCAAUGGGGCCUUCCGGGAGUCUGGGGGUGCGGGCUUCCGGUCGCCCCACCUGUGGAAGAAGUCCAGCACGCUGACCAGCAGCCGGCUGGCCGCCGGUGAAGAGGAGAGCGGCGGCGGCGCCAGCAAGCGCUUCCUGAGGUCCUGCUCAGCCUCCUGCGUGCCCCACGGCGCCAAGGACACAGAGUGGCGGUCAGUGACCCUGCCUCGGGACCUGCAGUCCACUGGCAGGCAGUUCGACUCCUCCACCUUCGGAGGCCACAAAAGCGAGAAGCCGGCCCUGCCUCGGAAGCGAGCAAGUGAGAACAGGUCUGACCAGGUGACCAGAGGCACGGUCACCCCACCGCCCCGGCUGGUGAAGAAGACUGAGGAGGCUGCCGAUGAGGUCUUCAAGGACGCGGCCGAGGCCAGCCCAGGCUCCAGCCCGCCCAGCCUAACGCCGAAACCCCUCCGGAGGCAGGGUGCAGCCGCGCCUCCCUCCAGCCCUCCCCACAAGGAGGAGGCCGGCAGGCCCAGUGCCGCGGGGGUGCCCACUGAGCUGGCACCUUCCACCAGCCGGGCCGGGCCAGGAGCCUCCGGAGGGCCCAACAAGGCCGCCACCACAGAGGAGCCCCGGGGGAGGAGGCACAAGCCCGCCUCCGAGUCCCCAGGGAGAGACAAGGGGAAGCUGUCCAAGCUCAGACCUGCCCCGCCGCCCCCGCCACCCGCCUCCGCUGGCAAGGCCGGGAAGUCCUCACAGGGCCCGAGCCAGGAAGCGGCCGGGGAGGCGGGCACCGGGGGGAAGGGGAAACCUGCGGCUCUGGCUGCGGACGCCGUGAAUAGCGACACCACCAAGCCCGGCCAACUGGGAGAGGGUGCCAAGAAGCCCACGCUCCCGUCCAUGCCAAAGCCGCCAGCAUCCACCAAGCCGGCAGGGACCCCGACCAGCCCCGCCCCCGCCCCCUUACCAUCAGCACCCUCUGCCCUGGCCGGGGACCCACCAUCCUCCACCGCCUUCAUCCCGCUCAUAUCAACCCGCGUGUCUCUUCGGAAAACCCGGCAGCCUCCUGAGCGGCUCGCCAGUGGCGCCAUCACCAAGGGCAUGGUGCUGGAUGGCACCGAGGCGCUGUGCCUGGCCAUCUCCAAGAACUCUGAGCAGAUGGCCAGCCACAGCGCCGUGCUCGAAGCCGGCAAAAACCUCUACACCUUCUGCGUGAGCUAUGUGGACUCCAUCCAGCAAAUGAGGAACAAAUUCGCCUUCCGCGAGGCCAUCAACAAACUGGAGAACAACCUCCGGGAGCUGCAGAUCUGCCCAGCGACAGCAGGGGGUGGCCCAGCGGCCACUCAGGACUUCAGCAAGCUCCUCAGCUCCGUGAAGGAGAUCAGUGACAUCGUGCAGAGGUAG